UAGUGUGGAUUAGAUAGGGUUAUGUGUGGUUACAAUUACUUCUUCUAUUUCCUUCACCUGUUCUCUGAGAAUGAGCACCGCACAACCCACGGUGGCCAUGGAUGCCGAUGAGCAACUCGAAUCACCCACGACAGCCAAGGACGCCGACGAGCACCGUACAUCACCCACGGUGGCCAUGGACGCCGACGAGCACCGCACAUCAAUCACGGAAGCCACUAGAAUGUCAAAUGAUUUUGUUGCUGCACAAAGAACUUCAAAUAAGGAUGAUGAAUGGAAGCCUCAAGUAGGCCUACUAUUCAACACUUUGGAAGAGGCAUGGAAACUUUGGAAUGGUUACGGUGGAAAAAAUGGAUUUAAUGUUCGGAAGCAAUAUUUUAACAAGAACAAAGAUGGAAUGAUAUUGACUACUAGAUAUGUGUGCAGCAAAGAAGGAAUUCGUAAACCCGAUAAAAGGGAUUGCUUGACAACUAAUCAUCGGCUUGAGACAAGAACCAAUUGUCCUGCAAGGAUAGGACUCAAAUACAUGAAAGAGAUUGGAAAGUAUCAAAUUCAUGAUGUUGUUGAUGAGCAUAACCAUUAUCUGCAUCUUCCAGAGACGACUCACAUGCUAAAAUCUCAGCGAAAACUAUCACAAGUUCAAGCUCAAGAGAUUGAUUUAGCAGAUGAUUCAGUUAUCAAGCAAAGAGCUGUAUUUGAACUAAUGAGUAGACAAGUUGGCGGGAGAGAAAGCCUUGGUUACACACGGUUAGAUCAAAAGAAUUAUCUUCGUGGCAAAAGAUUGAGAAACAUGGCAUAUGGGGAGGCUGGAAGCUUAUUACGGCACUUUCAACAAAAACAUAUAGAAAACCCAUCCUUCUAUCAUGGAGUCCAAUUAGAUGUUGAUGAACAAAUAACAAAUAUUUUUUGGGCUGAUGCGAGAAUGAUUAUGGACUAUGAGUACUUUGGUGAUGUUGUCUCUCUUGACACUACAUAUAGUACUAAUAAUGCAUAUAGACCUUUGGCUGUUUCAAUGUGUUUUUAAGCAAUUUGUUUAAAUUUCUCAAUCUUACUUCUUUUGCUUUAUUGUGUUUGCAUAGGAAAACACUUGCCCCAAUAACAAUCUUGGUGUUUCAAGUUCUCAAGAGCAACCAAUCAAUCAUGGUGAUUCAAGCUCCCAAGUUCUCAGUAACAAUCACGAGUUACAUAAUAUGAUAACCCAUGAAAGCACUCAUAGUUUUACUAGACUAUUAACUGCACCGCUUGAUGACACAUUUCUCCGAUCACUAAGUUUUGACUUGAAUCAAGUAUCAAGUCAUUUGCCAGGGUGGCUUCCUCAACAUGAUGGGUGUUAGAUAUGAAGAACCAACUUACAUGACAACAUUUUUUGUAAUUGUUAACAUCAUGGUGUCAAUAUAACAAACUUUUUUUGUAAUUGUUUAUAUCAACCAUAGGAGAUAUUAGAUAUGGUAGAAAGUAUUAACAAUGUUUUUUGGUGUUGUUCAGGUGUUAAGACAUCAAUUAUUAACUGAUAUGACAUCAUUUUUUUUGUAA